AUGAAAGCCAAGAGACCUCAGGUUCCACAGACAGGGCUAGUCACACUGCUGUAGAUGUGGGUUGUUCCUCUUUAUUUCACCAUCAGCUACUGGUGUAGAUCCCUGUUCAUCUGUCAAACGUUCUCAGUUAUCCCAAUUUACAUCACUUUCAGAGCAACCUGCAAGCCUCUCUUGGGAAGAUCAUAACAGUUGGUCUACAAAUGUUUCCUCCUGAUCUAUAAACUGAUUUAUCCAUUUGGAAUUCUGGAUUAUCUAGCCAUAAUGUUUGGAUUUCAACAUGAUAUUCAUGAAUGAAUCAAGUCUGAUGGCUCCAUGGAUUUUGCUGUGUCACUGUUUCUUGUGGACUGUAUGUACUAUGGAGUGAUGGAGAGAGACUCGGCAGAGAUUUGUUCUGACUACAUGGCUUACACCAUUUGUUUUUACAACAUCAGUGACAUACCAACAAGGAAUUUGUCCAGUGACAUCUGUGCAGUCUGUGGACAGAAAAUUCCUGUGGGUAUAAAUGAAGAAGGGAUCAUUGAAAAUACCUACCAGCUGUCCUGUAAUCAUGUGUUUCAUGAAUCCUACAUCCAUGGCUGGUGCCUUGUUGGCAAGGACCAUGCUUGCCCAUACUGCCUUAAGAAAGUUAAUUCAAAGAGAAUGUUAAGUAACCCAUACUCUCUCCCUAGCAAGUGCUUUUGA